AUGCCGGGAACACAACACACCAGGUUCAACUACUUUAAAUGGGACCCAAAGUUUGAAUUUGAAAAACCUUACUUCAUGCUUAUGGAUACCCCGGAAGAUUUUCCUCAAUGCAACUAUGAUGAAGAGCCCGGCCCUAUAGAGUCUGUUCACGAUAUUCGAGGACAGUUCGAGAGGUAUAAUCUGGAUGAUAAUGGGUUCAUUGCCCGAGUUCAGCCUCUUGCGACGACUAAUUUCGUUGAUGAAACUGUUAAAUCGUUGUACCUACCAUCACUGGAGAAGCUUUUAAAAGAUAAUAUCGGGUCGGAAUGUGAACUGUUUUGGUUUGACUGGCGGGUUCGCUCGAGUGAUAGAGAGAAGACAUAUGUUCCGGCAGGAGUCGAUGUUGAACUCGAUGACAAAAGCAUGGUUCUCGAACCCAUCCACUAUGUUCACGUCGGUGCGGCUUUCCCUUCCGUUUCUUUACACUUUCAAGCUUUCCUGAGUAUUUGA